UUCAGUCGCUUUGUUCGCUUUUAAAGCGGUCAGCUGGUUGAUUGUAGUGUUUUUGUAAGCAUUUUCGCGUGUUAAGUUCAUUCGUAAACAAAUUUGCUUACUGACACCAUGAAUGGUGAUAAGGAGCAUCAUCUAGUUCCAAUUCCAGCCGAAUCUGUUUCUGAGCACGAACCAGGAAAGGACACUCAACUCACCAACACUCAUAAAACAAGUUUAGGUAAACCUCGUCUCGGCACUUUCUUCUAUAAUCAACCGUCAUACACACACUUUAAUAAAUCUUUUGACGAUACCUGUGAUGCUCUGUUUUUGCAUCUAAAUGAAGUACAUCCUGUUUUCAUGAAACGUGAACAAAUAGAUGAAGAUUUUGAGUAUGAAAUAUUACUAGAUCCACGUACUAAAAAGGAGGUCGAACAAAUUCUAUAUGACCACACAUUCGAUGGACAACAAAGAAAAGAGCUUUUUCGUAGCUCAACACCAUCAAAUUUAAGCAAAACGGAUCAUCUGGUAUGUCUGAGGCUAUUGAAAGCAUGGCAAGAGUUUCGAGAAGUGAACGAAGCGGACGUCCUGCAUUGGCGAAGAAUAGAGCAAGUGAGAAAGAAAGAAAAAAUUGCAUUUGAUCAAUUUGUUAUGGAAUACUCACGCACACAAAAACGAGCUAUUUACGCACCCUGUGAGCGUUUGGUAAUGCUUUAUAAACGUUUUUAUUCAGCUAAGGUGAACAAAUUGCUCGCUGAGUAUCCAGAGAACUUGCCGUUUAACACACAUGUAGGACUGCCACAACCCCAAUCUUUAACUGGUAGCCAGAGUGGUGUGUACAUAGAAAAUGUGCGUUUGAUUAGACGUCAAGGUUGGGUACCGAUACUUAGGAACUAUGUUAAUGACUUCCAGCAUUUGAACCUGCGGUUGGAGAACCACAUCGACAACUUUAUUGACAGCAUGAACAAACAGGAGAAUUUUAAGUGGGAGCUCAAUAUGUCGUCCAACAGGCAAGCGGAUGUGUUUUAUAUACCUAUAGAAUCACUAAUAUUCUUACUGACGGCAGACAAUUUCGCAGACUCGCCAAGCGAAGUGCCAUUAGAAAUUUCGGAAAGCAGUGGAGAUAAUUUUAAAGCUGUUACAUUUGAUGAACCCUUACCGCCUCGCGCUUGCGGAUGGUUCACGCAUAAGCAAAUAAUUGAAAAUGCUUUUGAGGCACUAUUGAGUACUAGCAAAUAUACAAGAUGGCUCUAUAUGGAAAAUGAUAGUAUAAAUUUGCAAAAGUCUGAUGAGGCGCCUGAAAUUUCAGGAGUUAAUUCCACGGAGACAGGUUAUACAGUCUACGAAUUUAAUGAGUAUUUGAAAAAACACGCUACGAAGGUGGAAGGUAAUAUUAAAACAAAUUUUGCCGUUGUACAGUGGAACCUAAGUGGUAAGAUGGAUGAAAGUGAUUCACAUCAACAGCAAUUCUUUACACGAAUGAAAUUGGCACCAGCAAUGGAUGAAUUUGGUACAGAAUUUUUGAGUAGCCUCGCUUUUAAAUUGGAAUAUAAACCAAAGUUUGGAGCAGAAGUAAUGACAAAGUAUGAGCUAAUAAGAGAAUGGUUCCGGUUAAAGCUCUUGGGUCAAUGUAAGGGUUUCUCUAAUCAUGUUUUAUGCCUUCGUCUUGCAGUUAAUGAUUUCAGUGUGCAAUUAGAACAUAAAUUGGUGCUAUCCUUAAUCGAAAAGCAGCUUGCUGAGACGUACCAUAUCGAUAUGCCCAAACUGUUAGCAGGUCUAGCAGAAACACUGCAAUUGCUGGUGAAAAUGCCAGCAGGAAAAUAUUUAUUACGGUACAAUCCAAAAUACCCUAACAAGCUCUUGUUGGCAGCCCCAUCGAAGGAGAUAACCUUAAAUACUGUUUUUGUGCAUUCCCUGCUGAAUGUGGUACCAUCGGACUUAGCGUUCAUGACCGAAGAACAACAUUUGCCUAUAAGUGAUGUGCUGUGUAGCGCGGUACAUACAAACCAUAACAUCAUGCCUUGUGCUUUUAGGCCAUGUUUCCAAGCAAAGGCAAAGAAAAAUCCUACAUUGUUUAGCGAUGAGGAGUAUUUGAAAAGACGCCUUGAGGCUAAGGAGGCUUUGGAAAUGAAGAAAAAGGCAGAAUAUCUGCACAUACUAAAGACUCGGAGGAAUCAAGUGAAAGCUAAAAAACGUAAACAACGACAAAAACGUAAGGGAGAAGAGCAAGCUAAGGAUAAGAAAAUGGAACAAUUUCUAAGUGAAUUUUAGUUGAUUAAAUUUUCCUUUUUAU